AACGAUCGGUUAAUGCGCCGGUUUCACUGACUUUAACUUAAAAAAAUUCAGACUAAAUCAGAUUAUAUUUAUAAAUUGCCAAUUGCAAAAUGUUAACUGAUUAUUUCCAACCUAAUUUUUAAUUAUUUUAAUUAGAUAUAUCACUAAUUAUACAUUUUAAAUUUUGCAGUUGAUAAAUCACCAAUUAAAUCAACCGAUUUAAGUUAAUUCGAAUUGGUGAGAUCAACUCUUAACGGCUAAUGUCCAUUUCUAUCAAUAUAGAUUAACUUUAACUUAUUUUUAAUCUAAAUGUAUUUUUAAGAAUUAAAAAGUGGUAAAGCGCAAGUUAAAUCGAGAGACUAAAGUUAUUCUACAUUAAUAGAAAUGGAUGUACAAACUUAUAUUUCAGUAUAUCUUAAUAUUACACAGCUAAAAUAUAUAUCUCUACAAUAUUUACAAUGUAUUUUAGUAUUAUCUCUUUUUCUCCAAACAAUUGUAUUAAAUUGCAUUCCUUAUUUGUUUGUUCAAGAGGUACUUUGCUGCAGGCCUGGCAAGCAAGUAGAUCUGCAGAUGGACCUGAUAUCAGAGUUUGUGUUCGGAGAGAUGGAGAAGAGGAAGAAACGAAACACGAUGGCAAUACAGGAGCUACAGUUGAUAGAGAUCAUGAGCGAUUUCUUCCAGAGUCCAGGCGGCACCCCUGCGGUGCGCAAUGCCCUCUUCCUGUCCCUCUUUCCAGCGGACAGUCCCAGGCAUAAGAUUUUAGGUAACCUGGUAUCGUUGGCAAUUGCCACGCAAAACAAAGCGGUCCUAAAUGCAGCUGGCAUUUGGAUGCAGCAGUUGAGUUCAACCUCGCCGCAGAGCGUGGGACUGGCAAGGCACGUGCUCAACGAUUAUUUCGUGCUCACUCCAAGAUCUAUCGAACGGCUGAAGCAGCUGCCCGCGCUCGCGCCGCACUUCACCGCCAAUCUGUUGACGGCAAUAGGUGAAAUCUAUGAGGAUAAAGAUCCGCCUAUUGAGCUGCUGAGAUUAGUAGGCGAAUGGAUCGACGAAAAUCCGAGUUUACUGUUGACACCUUUGAUGGACAAUCCAGCCUUGCCCACCGGUGGAAUCCCGAUGACCCCGAUAACACCUAUAGCAGGCCUGUUUAGAUGGUGUAUAUUAAGUCCUUUGCGACACAACGCCAUGAACAGCGCACAAAGUCGUGAAGAAUCGCGAAAAUUUUAUUCAAAAGUUCAACAGCUACUCAUGGACUCAGUGCUGCGACUGAACAACAGUGGUAACAACAAGCAUGCGAUCUCGGCACAACACUUGGCGUCUACUACUCGUUUGUUGACGACGAAUCUACAAAAUCGACCGAACAUCGAUACGGUUUCACGCGACCUGGCCAUGGAACGACUCGCGCAAGCUGUUAGCACGGCCAUGUCUGCGAAUUGUAUCUAUGGAAAUAAGCGUAUGUAUCUCUUUCAUACAUUUAUAAAAUAUUCAUACUAUUAUGUGAACUACAUAUUUAAUGUUUGUUUUAGAGGAACUGUUAGCCCUUUUGCAACCACUGUCGUAUGAACACUUUUUGAUAGAAUGGACAUUACAAACUUAUGCAACUAAAGCAGCUUGAGAGGAGGACAAAGAGUGACGAUGAUGGCAUAGUCUAUUCGAUUGACGAUAUUCUAAAUUAUUGUUUGUACAUACAAAAAGUUAUUAAAAAUUGUACAUGUUUUUCUAAAAAAUAAAACGAUUUUAUCG